UAUAUUAGCAACAUCGUUAUAUAUAUAUAUAUAGCCUAUUGCUAAAUCAAGCACCAAAGCAAGUAAACUCGAAGGAUAUGGUCGGGAACUGGGCGCAAGUUUUCCAAAGCGAGAUAUUCUCUACCAAGGAUACACUCUGGUCAAGUCCACAAGCGAACCCGGAGAUUUUGCAGAGAAAAGCACUUUGUAUAAACUGACGAAACUACGUUUUGGGGUCAGUGCAGCGAAGAGUCCCCCUUGCGGCAGGAACGCAAAGCGGAAGCAGGAAAUCCGCUGCCGCCGCGUGGUGCUCAGAAUUACAGAGCGGAGGGAGGCGUGUCGCAGAGGCCCCUCCGCCCGCGGGAUUUCACGCCUCUUUGGGCACGUGCCUCUUCUUCCGUCCUCCUUACCCAGCUUCUUCUCAGCCGCGGGAAACAGGAGGCAAAUUCGAAAGAGACGCUCGCACGCAAGGAAACUCCAUCCCGUCCUCAGAAAAGGCGGCGCUGCAGCCGCUUCCUCAUCCAGCGUGGCUGCCCAUUUAACGGGACAGGGCGCGUCGCGGCACGAUGGCUGCCAGCGCGUCCCAGUGAUAAUGGGGCGGCAUGGAGGUCCCACUCCCUCCUGAAUCUCUUCCUAUCCCAUCCGCUAAAUUGGGUCGUGGAUCCUCUUUUCCCGCACCUGGCUUUCCGAGAAGCCCUGAGCUGCUGGGGCAAAGCAGCUGCUGCAGAACUGGCCGCGCGCCCACUCACUCACUCUGGACGGGUCUUCGAGGACCCCUUUGGCCACACCCCGAGGCGGAGUCAGGCAAGACUCAAGCUUUGGUUGAAGCUAUCAUCUUUGUCCCGCUUACAUUUUUCCGGAGCCCAAAGGGAUGUCCAUCAUCCUCCGGGUGGAUUUUUGCAGCCGCUUGCUGCUGCGUUGGAAGCAAACUCUAACCUAAGGGUGGCUAGACCCAGACAAAAAUACAUCUGAUCCCAAAUAAUAGCCCAUCUCUGCAGAUAGUGUCAUCAGAAGAAAUCAAGAUCAGAAAAAUCAAGAGGAAACCAUUGUCCAGGAAAGCACCAGAUUGUGUGUCAGUGAAAUAUUUAAAGAAAACUUAGCCAAAGUAGUGUGAUAUUAUGAGAAACUCGUGCAAGACAAGACUCAAUUAUGAGAGUGAAUGCUUCACAGAUUCUUAAGGAUAUCCCCUCAAGAUCAUAGUGGAUUUUUGGAAGGAAAUUCCUUCAAAGCUACUCCAGAUUUUUAAAAGGAGACUUCUACAAAAUAAGAAGAAAAUUUGCUGCAUUAAGAUUGCUGUGCUUCAACCUCUGGCUUCGGUACACAAAGGUUCUGGUUGAAGUUUAACCAAUUCCCCUUUUGCCUUCACUUACUCUCUCAUCUUAGUUUUGGAAGGAAGCUGCAAUUUUUCUAGACAGAGCUGCCAAGGAGCUGAUGUGCUGAAACAACAUUAUGGAUUCCAAUAUGAUGUGCCCAUCCAUUAGAGGAAAAGGAGUUGCAGUUGCUGUGAUCUGUGCUGUGACAGCAAUUUCUGCUUGCACAGUUCUUGCAGUGUCUCUGGCAGUCACCAGGAACUCCCCUCAAGAUGUUGUACCCAAGCCAGCCUUUGAUACGGGUGGUGAUAUGUUGGAUUAUCUGCUAAAUCUAAGGAAAAUAAACAGAAAAGAUGGAUUAUUAGUCAGCUGGUACCAUGCUGCAAAUCGAAAGAGUGAGAUGGAAGAGGCCUUAAGAAGUAAUGUGAUGGUCCUGGAAGCAGACGUUACCAAUGAAGGACACAACACACCCAAUGAGACAGACAAGCCUAUCAUGGCCCACCCACCUGACAUCUACAGCGAUAACUCUCUUCAGGAAUGGCUGGAAGCAGUGCUUAAUUCAUCCAAUAAAGCCAUCAAGCUGGAUUUCAAAAGCAUCAGGACUGUUGGUUCAUCCCUGGAUAUCUUAGCUAAAAAAUCAUCUCGUGUUAAUAUUGACAGGCCUGUGUGGUUAAAUGCAGAUAUUUUGAAAGGCCCUAAUGUGCCAAUUAACACCGCAGUUAAUGCAAGCCUAUUCCUCUCGCUUAUCCAGGAGAAGUUCCCAAACUGUACCAUCUCUCCAGGAUGGACAGCCCUCUACUUGUCUUUCUUCCCAAACAAGACCUACACCCAGAAAAUGGUUGAGGAAAUGCACAGCCUUGUGGGAAAGCUGCCUCAGCGAAUCACCUUCCCUAUAAGAGCCGUCAUGGCAAGACCAGCUUGGCCUCAUUUGCGAUGGCUUCUGAGUCAGUCGAACAGGUACAGUCUGACCCUGUGGCAAGGCAAGACUGAUCCAGUUACAGUGGAAGAUCUCCUCUUUAUCAGAGAUAAUAGCUAUCCUGAACAAAUCUAUUAUGACAUUUAUGAGCCUGUUUUAUCUCAGUUCAGAGACAUGGCAUUCAAUUCUACAAGAAAAAAAGUUUCCACCAGUCAGACUUUGAUCAACUCCUCUUAAACGGAUCUGCUGAGGCUGCUAUAUCAACGGGAUGGAAGUGCUUUCAGUUCACAGAGGAGACUCAGACUGUCCCACUGGACUGUAAUCAGCUCACCGAGAAUUUGUAAAAGAAAUGUUAAAAAUGGAAUAUAUA